AUGCCAACUGCCGUGCAACCUAGCAACUCGACCACUGCUACGAGCCACAUUGUUCAAGUCACUUCAUCAAUUGGUCUCCUUGUUGGACUAGUCGCAAUCAUUAUCUUUGCUGUAUGGCUCUCGUAUCGAAAACGUCUUCCCGCCGCCGCCAUCCGCUUCGUUCCACACUUCCGUGUAGACCAAGAACCUCAACAGAAAUCUGUUAGAAGAUACACCCUAGAGUCGAUACCAGUCGUUUCAUUUAAUAUCGGGUCGCAGAGAGAUCUGCAGGAUCUUGGGAGCAAGAUUCUUGCCUCCGACACCGGCCUGUCGAGAGAACCUCAAACAACGUUGGAAAGAGGAACAAGACUAGGGCCAGAGGCAGAGGCAGAAACUGAAUCCGUUAGCUGCCCAGUGUGCACGGAUGAUUUUGUCAAGGGAGAGAAAGUCAGGAUACUCCCUUGCGGCCACAUUUAUCACCAAGACUGUAUCGAUCCUUGGCUCUUCGAAAGGUCUGGCACGUGUCCAGUGUGUCGAGCGGCCCCAAGAGAUGGCAACCCAUCUCCAAACCACAUCCCAAAAGUGCCUCAGCCUGCCCUGGUGCGAAAGGAAAGCUCGUAUCAGGCAGGUAAUCUUGGCAGGUUAAAUUAG